CUUUGUUUCAGGUGUCAAAUUCUCCCGACAAACAGAAGAUUAAGGUGGGCCAUCAACAGCAUCCUCAUGUUACUAACUCUUCACGGGGUGCAGCCGUGAAGGCUGAUGCUUCAAAGAUAUCUUGCGUGGGUAAGCUUCAAGUUCUUAAGCCAGUGCGGGAAAAAAAUGUCCCCUCUCCUGCUGUGAAGGAAAAUUUAAGCCCAACGGGUGGUAGCAAAGCAGCGAAUUCCUUUCUUUCUGUUGCUUCAUCAAUUUCUGGAUCCGCAGCAGUUAGGCUUCCCCCAAACAACCUGGUCCUUCCUGCUGUCGAGGGCAAGCCUGCACUUAAUGCAUUGGAGAAGCGGCCGAAUUCUCAAGCUCGAAGCCGAAAUGAUUUUUUCAACCUCAUGAGGAGGAAAUCUAUGGCAAAUUCCUUGUCUGCUUCUGAUCUUGGCACACCCAUGUCUUCGUCUGUAACUGAUAAGAUUGGUGAAACACUGGUCUCCUCUGCUGUUACGAUUACUCAGGCUAGAGAUGCGCAAUCACCUGUUAGCUCGAGUGGAGGCCACUUGUCCGAGGAGGGGGGUGAUGAGACCUGCAAUGGUGAUGCUAUUGAGAGGCAAACAUGUCUUUGCAAUGGGAAGAAAUAUCCAAGCUUAGAUCCAUUAUUUCCAGAGGAGGAAGAGGCUGCAUUUUUACGCUCUAUGGGCUGGGAAGAAAAUGCUGAUGAGGGUGGUCUUACCGAGGAGGAAAUCAGUGCCUUUUACAGGAAGUACAAAAGUCCAUCAGUUCAAAGCCGUCCCUGAAAAUUUUGCCUGGAGUACAGCCAAGGAUUUUAUUGCCCUUCCACUCGUAAGUCAUUGGUGUCAUUUCUUCUGGGCUGAGCUCAUCUGAUGCUAAGCUGGAAUCUUGAUUCACUGAUCUUUAUGCUGAGUUUCCUUUCGGUGUUUCUCCAAUUUAUUUUGACUCUAUCGGUAGCUUAUUAGGUGGUCUGAAGAGAGGAUGGUGCAUUAAUAAUAGAUUUGCCGUGUGAUGGAAGCGGGAUAGAAAUAAGGUAAUGGCCAGUAUCAACUCCUGAGGUGACUUCUGAUGACUGAAUUCGAAAGUUUUCUGAAGUUCGAAGGUUGAGUAAAGAAACUAGAAUAGGUUUCUUAUCAAAGUGCUUCAAGAAAUUGCUUGGUUUGCAAAUUCAGUAUCUAACCAUUUGGGUUUUACAAUAGACUAUCUAUCGAAGAAGUAUGGUUUCUUACUCAAUCAAAAAGGAAAUAAAAUAAAAAUAAAUAAAUAAAUAA